AUGAGCGUCAAAAGAAUGGAAGGAGGGAUGAGGUACCCUAGCAUUGUGGAUCAAGCAGCAUGCCAAAUUUCGAAGCAUGAGAAGUCGUUAACCAUGUUGGUCGAGAAUGUCCAGCAGCAGUAUAGAACCGAAGAUUGCGGCCUGUUUGCCAUAGCUUUUGCGGAUAUGCUUGCUUUUAAUCAAGAUCCAGUUCAGGCAGUAAUCAACCAAAGUGUAAUGUGCCGUGAGCUGUUGGAGAGUUUCAAGGAAAUGAACAAGAAACGAUUCGUGACCAAUGUGGUUACUGUAAACGAGAAGAAAGCAAAAGCUCUGCAUCGUUGGACCCGCGAACUGCAUUGCAUAUGCCAAAUGCCUGACGAUGGCAGCAACAUGGUAGCUUGUUCCAAAUGCAAAAAGUGG